AUGGAUCCAAAUCUUGACCUAGCAAAGAUCCUGGCGACGCUGGCGAAUUUACCCAAACCAGAGUCGCAAAGUUACGAACAGCAGGUGCAAGAAACCAAUCCAGUUCAGAGCUAUGCUGGUUUUCAGAAUCCAAUGCACGCGUAUCCAGAUCAUCAGAGCACAGCGUAUCAGCAUCCAGCCGAUCCUCGGUUAGUGAAUCGACAAACACAUCAACAUCGAGAACCUGCCCUCAAGCCACAAGAAAGAUCUUCGACUCCGUUGGUAGACCCCUCGACGAUCACAGAAUGGAAGCAGGGUCUUCGUUGUGUGAGCAAAUUAGCAGUCCAGAACCCAGACUUUGUCCCAGCGGUUCGCAAGCUGAUGAAGGACCAAGAGCAGAACGUUCGCUCUUGGGAAGGCGGGCGGGCACGACUGAUCGAAGACCACAAGUUCAAGCGUGAGAAUGAGCAAACGCAUCGUGCUGCACUAUCCUUGCCAGGAUUGUUGGGAGGCGCUCCACCCCUUCGUACUCCAGAACGCGAGAAAGAAGAACUAGAUGAGUAUGAUGCCAAAGUCUAUAGGGCGUCUAAAGCUAUGGUCGAGUCACAGACAUCUUCUCUCAAGCUACUUGGUGUGCCAUUCUUUGGAAUCAAGCCAUAUCUUGUGAUACAGUCGUCUGAAGAAACACAAGGAUCUGAUGCUUCGCAUUCACAUGGCAAGAUCACGAAGGAACAGCUUCUUGAGUUGCAACGCAAGAUGUUGAACCAUUUGAUGGAGCUCUAUGGGGACUGA